UGUGUACCUGUGGAAAAUUUCCAUUCGAAACGUAGCUUCGACUUUCGGGAGAUGACGUUUUGAUUCGCCACGCUAUCGAAACGAAAUAAUCUUUGGAUAUCGGUGAAAAAAAAUUCGACGAGUGAAUUAUAAUAGCGCAUGAUGUAAUUUCGCGUGUGCUCGAUAAUCCGUGUCAGUUGAUACUGUGCAUGAAAUCUUGUUGAUCCGCGAUGGCGAUUUAAAUGUCAAGGAUUUCUUUUAAAUUUCGAACAUGUACUAUACCUACGAUGCGUUUGAAGUGCCUCGAUUGUUUUGUGUAUUCGAUUAAGAUAUACUGUGAUGAUUUUAGCGGAUACCUAUUCGCUCGAUGAUAACGGACGCGUAUCGAACGCUUUGCCAUCGAUUGAUAUGAUUGUCGCUGGUUUUCGAGAUAGAAUAUUUUUUUAUAAAGUGCCUAUAAACCCGGACUACGCGUCACGGCUCAAGUUGUGGCGGUGGUGAGUUGCGACGUCAAUUAGUAAAAUUAAAACAGCCUAUAUGUGUUUACCGUGCAUGCGUACAUGUGAUUAUACCUGUUAAAUUAAUCAUCUGCAUCGAUUCUUCUUGAGAACUGUGUCGUUAAUGGUCGGAUAUUUAUAUCAAUUUUCUACCAAAUCCGCUCUGACUGCGAGCUAGGAUCCAUUUCCCCCCCCCCCCCGUAAGUGUUAUCAAAUAAUCGAGUGUCUGAUAAAAAUUAGAAAUUUAAAUAUUGAUGAAAAGAUAGCGAUACGGCGAUGACUAAUACCGCAAGUUGACUUAUUUGUUAUUAGGAAUAUUAUACUUUUUGUAUAGUAUAAUAAUCUCGUAAGAGACGACUGAAAUUUUUUUGGUACUGUGAAUAUUUAAGAACGUUAUAAAUGAUCUAUCAGAGUUGAUGAAUAUAGAUAUUUAUGUACUAGCUAAUUGCGUGAUUAGUGAAUUAAAAAAUUAACAAUCGCAUUAACGCUCGCCAAAGCCAUGCACAUUCAACAAAUAAUAUAGCGUGACAAAUAAACUUGGAAUUUAUUAUCUUUUGUCCGUAAAAACAAAACACGUGUACAACCUGAAAUGCACGUCACGAUUAAAAAAAAACGUCAAAGCAUCGUCGUAUCAUAGUUGAAAAAUCGACGCGAAUCGCGUAGCGUCAUUUCAAAUGCGUUGACGUAAGAUCGUCGCCCACCUUCUGGCGAUAAACCGGAAUAUAUCUAUACUAAAACUUCACGCAGUGUGCCGAUAAACCGAAAUCAACGAGAGAACAUAACAAUGUUACCGCGAAAAGCAACGCAGAUAACGCCGUACGCAUUGGAGGACAUGAUCCUGGAUCUUCAGGCGCGAAGAAACUCCUUGGACCACGAUGACGUCGGCGGGGAUCCUUUGGAGCUGUUGAAGCAACGGGAAAGGGAUUUGGUCCUCGCCGCAGAGCUCGGAAAGGCCUUGCUCGAAAGAAAUCAGGAGCUCACCAAACAGGGAGAAGCGUUGGCCGAAGAAUACGCCGGUAAAUUGGAGGCUCUAGAGCAGGAGAGGCAUCGUUUGCGACGAAGAUUGGAGGAAGCUCACGACGAGAGCGAAGCGAGGGCUUUGGAGCUACAGGCGGAUGUCGAAGCCCUCCGAACUCAACUCGAAGAUCAGGGGGAGCGUGCGAGACGCGCAGAAAAGGAGCAAGCUGCUUUGGUGACCGAAUUAGCGGCCCAAAAUACGCGACUCGCCGACCAAUUGCGAGAAGCGAAUAAGCAGGAAGAGCAGCUCUUGGCCGAGCUCAGAGUCCUCAGGGAUAAAUGUGCGCUCAGAAACACAACCCUUCAGGAUCACGUCAGUAGCUUGGAAAUCCUCAGGGACGAGGUCCAAAUCGUGUCCGCACAAAGAACUGAGCUCGAGAGAAGAUCCUUGGAGCUUCGCGAAGAACGAGCGAGGGCUGUGGCGGCCUUAGAAGAAGCAGAAGACAGAGCCUUGGCAUUGGAUAGACUGGGCCACGAGGCGGAGCACAGAGCUAGAGCGGCAGAGAGAGAGAGAGAUGAGCUCGCCGCUACUUUGGCUGCAAUUGAGGCGGAGCGGAGAGGGAGAUCAGGAUCGAUACAAAAACCUCCAAGGUCACUGCAGGCGGAAAUGGAGUGCGAAGAGAGCGGAAGUUCUCUCGGAGAACCGGAAGAUCUAAAAGCGGAAGUUUCGAGGGCCUGCAAAAGGAUGAGGGAACUCUGUGCCCAGCUCAGAAGAGGCGAAGACGAUUCCGGGCUUCAAAGCGACUGUGACGAGUCCAUGCUCGUCUUGGCAAACGGCGCGGAUGGUGAGGCCACUUGCCCUGGGGCUUUGUCGGAGUUGACCGAGGAGCUCUUCAGACUUGCGUUGGCCGGUCGAGGAGCUCCUGGAGAAUUGGGACUCGCCGUUGAGUUGCACAGGGUGAGGGAGGAGCUGGAACAUUCGAGAGAUCAAAUGAAACAAACGCAAGAAGAACUGAGACGGAGGGGAGAAUCGCUUUUGGAGUUGACCAGCAAACUGAGUGUAUGCGAGGCUGAACUCAGAGGCGUAAGAGAGGAGAGGGACAGAGCAAGAGGCGACAUAGAGGAUUCGGAACUUACCAAGGACGAGGUCCUGGCGCAGGCUUACCAAGUGAGAGACCAGGCCGUCGCCAGAAAAAACAGAGCAGAAGUUGAACUCGCCAGAACGAGAAUCGAUGUUUUACAGGCGAAUAGUCAGCUAAUGGAAGCCAUUCAGCAAAAGAUUGAGCUCAGUCAACAACUUGAACAGUGGCAAAUGGACAUGCAAGCACUUCUGGACGAACAAGUUAGAAGUAAACUGAUGCCGUCGAGUGGUCCGCUUAGUGGUAACGGUGACGGAUCAGAGAUCGUUGUCCCUGCAAGAAAGAAGCGAAGCGCGGGCGCUUCCAAAAAAAUUUUUGGCUUAUUUUGAGACUGUGAAAGCAUACAAAAAAAAAACAUUUCUCUUAAAAUUUUUUAUACGGGAACAAAAUUUGACUGUGAACAAAAGAAAAAAAUGAUUAGAGCAUUUCCAUUUGUGUCGAAACGUACGGAGUGCCUUUUAAUUGAUGUUGCUACGUCGGUUGUGCGGUAAACCAAUGAGAUUCAUUUGCAUUAUACAUAUUAUGAUUAUCGAAGACGUAUGAAAUGAGAUUAGGAGAGAAUUAAAUACGGUUCAUAAAUCAGACGUGCUGUAUUUUGUACGCAAUUAUUAGAAAAUUGCUCAACAAUCGAAAAUUAGAAUCCCACUGCUUUAUAACCAGGUUAAAAAAAUAUAUUUACAAUAUGUAAACGAUAAAUUUCACUGACUAGUAAUCGGAACUAAUUAAAACCAUAAAACUCUCGCUGAAAUUUUCUCGAACGUCCGAUGCAUUAAUGACCAGAGCAAGUCAUCGCAAGUACCAAUUAAGCUUGAUGAAAAUAUCAUUCGGUCGAUAUAUCAUUAAGACGCUUCAUUUCCGCCGAACGGUGUAUUUAAUUAAAUAAAUAUGAUAAACGUGUACGACUACGAAUAAACAUGGACCCAAUCGACUGCCCGAAUUGAUCUACGGAAGAUUAAGAUCGCCGAUGAUUGAGAACAAAUCGAUUUCCAAACCUUAAAUUUCUAACGCAACGUAAUCGCCGUGAUUAAUUGAAAGAUCAGUCGUGUUUCAAAUUGAAUAUGAUUAUACACGACUCGAUCGGUAUUGCGCACCGCAUAGCGUCAAGGAUUUUACGUGAUGCACAACGUAUUGCAAAGUGGUCUUGAACGUUUACGGUAAACAUUUUAAGAGUAUCACGUCGUUUCACAGCGAUGAAUCAAAGAUUUCGCCAACGUCCCACGCGAAAUUCCUCCUUCGCUCCUUUUCGCCCUCCAUCAUGCCUUGAAUUCGAACUCCGUCCGUCCCACGCCGGCCUCUUAUGGGCUGAUUGAGUGACAAAAUAUUUAUUUAUAUGUGUAAUUUAAAGUGAAAGUUACCUGAGAUGUGGCCUUUUACGAUUCAAAUAAAAGUGCAAUAGCAUUAUUAAAAAAAAAUGUAUCGUUUCUAAUAGCAUUAUUAAUGAAUAACUCUUUUACUAAUAGAUAUAUUGUAGAAUUGUAAAAUAUUUAGUCAGUAUCUAAGCGAAUGGUAUAUCACAGCUAAAUAUUUAUUUAAUAAACUUGACUGUACAAAUGUA